GGGAGUGUAUGAGAGAGAGGGGGGAGAGGGAGCAUCAAGUCACCAGGACAGGCUCCACUGUAAACGCUGUCAAGGUACGAGCGCAAGCACCGGGAGGCCACAUUCCGCGUAAAAUAAUGGAUGGAACAAAGCCGGUCAUGGAGUCCAACGCCGAGGAGACCCAGGACGAGGGGCAGGAGAGCAAAGGAUGCUUCGAGUGCUGCAUCAAGUGUCUGGGCGGGGUGCCCUACGCCUCGCUGGUGGCCACCAUCCUCUGCUUCUUGGGCGUGUCUCUGUUCUGCGGCUGUGGGCACGUGGCGCUGACCGGCACCCUGACCAUGCUGGAGAACCACUUCUCCAGGAUCACCAGUGACCACGCCACCCUCGCUGCAGUGAUCCAGAUCUUUCAGUAUGUCAUCUACGGCAUCGCCUCCUUCUUCCUCGUCUACGCCAUCCUCCUGCUGGGUGAGGGCUUCUACACCACCAGCGCCAUCAAGAAGGAGCUACAGAGUGACUUUAAGACCACUAUAUGUGGACGCUGCAUCACUGCCUUCUUCAUGUUCCUGACCUACAUCUUUGCUCUGGUUUUCAUCGCCAUCUUCUGCUUCACGGCAAUCCCGGUUUUCCUCUUCUUCAACAUGUGGAAUACCUGCGCUGCCAUGAGAUCUCCAGACUCCAACAUCACGUCUAUUGACUCCAUCUGUGUGGACGUCAGGCAGUACGGCAUUAUUCCCUUGAACGCAACGCCCGGGAAAGCUUGUGGAGCCACGCUGACGGAUAUCUGCAACACCAACGAGUUCUACCUGUCCUACCACCUCUACAUCGUGGCGUUGGCCGGCGCCGGGGCCACCGUCAUCGCACUGAUCCACUAUCUGAUGAUUCUAGCGGCUAACUGGGCCUAUCUGAAGACUGCAGCUUCCACGCACGACUACCAGGACAUCAAGACCAAGGACGACCAGGACCUGGAGGCCGAGGCGCGCUCCAAGGAGGGCCAGAACUCCUCCUCCUACUCAUAAAGGACAAAACGUCCUCUCUUGCCAUUGUUCAUCCUAUCUCCAAAUCUUAACCCCAUCCUGAAACCCCUAGCGCCCCCAAACCCCCCCGCCUCCCCUCCGACAAAACAAGCCACCUCGGUCAUGUUCGACAGCCCCCCAGUCUCCUGAUUCUCCAUCCUCUUCCCUUUGCCCGGAUGCUUUUUUUCUGCUCAGAGACGCCAGAGUGCGCUCUCACACCCAAAAAGGGGAAGAGGAUAGAGGGUCAGGAGGAGCGGCAGGCCCAGACGGAGGCUGGUGCUUCAGAACGGGAAGGCUCGCCCCGUCGGGGGUCGAGCUCAGGUACGGUACAUCGGUUCCAGAAGCCCCUCCCCCUCCCUGUGCUUUUGGGCGGCGGCUCGUGAACGUGGCCCGGCUGUGAUGGCCUCGCGCCCUGAGCCAGCACAGCCUCUCGACACAUAGCUCCUAAAAAAAGAAAAAUAAUAAAAAAAAAAAAAAAAA